AGAAAGGAGCCCGGGCUAUCGUGGGCCGAACAGGACGGAUGGCGACUAUCAAAAGGAAAUAGAUCAUGGCAGCAGAUGAUGACAAUGGUGAUGGAACAAGUUUAUUUGAUGUCUUUUCUGCUUCUCCACUUAACAAUGAUGACGGCUCUUUGGACAUAUAUGCUGGGUUGGACAGUGCUGUUUCUGACAUUGCUUCCAAAUCCUGUGUGCCAUCCAGAAAUUGUUUGGAUUUAUAUGAAGAGAUCUUGACUGAAGAAGGAACUGCAAAGGAGGCAACAUAUAAUGAUUUGCACGUAGAAUAUGAAAAAUGUCAGCUGCAAAUGAAAGAACUGAUGAAAAAGUAUAAGGAAAUACAGACACAGAAUUUCAGCUUAAAAAGUGAAAACCAGUCUCUUAAGAAGAAUAUUUCAGCACUUAUCAAAACUGCCAGGGUGGAAAUAAAUCGUAAGGAUGAAGAAAUCAAUAAUCUUCACCAAAGAUUGUCCGAAUUUCCACAUUUUCGAAAUAAUCAUAAAAUUGCAAGGACAUCAGAUACGACUAAAACAAAAGAUCUUAAAUCCAGAACUCCUCAUUUGGAUGAUGGUUCAAAGACUGAUUCCAGAGGGAAAAGUGAUGUUUCUAGAGAUGUACAUCAUAGUGCUUCACUGCAAAACAUGGGAAAAGAAGGAAAAUUACAUUCUGAAAAAAGAAGCACUUCACUUUUGCCAACAUCUAUUGAAAAACAUUGCAACAACGGCGUUUGGUCACAUUCUCAUCAUCAAGCUGGUGAGAAUAGCUCAAGUGAGGAUAAUAGAAGAGAGAAAAAAGACAUUAGACAUAGCCAGCAUAGUGGUGGAACUGAUAGAAUACGAAAAGACUUUAGUACUAGCUGUGGUGACGGUGAACUGAGGAACACAGAGCCUAGUCAAAGACUACAAGGACGCUCUGAGAAACAUGGUAAAAGUGAGCCAAAGACUGAAAGCAAAAACUCAAAGUUUAAAAGUAACACAGGUUCAGAUCAUCAAAGUGAACACAUUGGCUCUUCUUGGGAGAGAGAGCUGCCUAGAGAAAGGUCCCAUAUACGAUUAGAAUCUCAAAAUGACAAAAGGCUAGAAAGACCAAGCGAAAGAUCACAAAGUAUUAGUAGAAAAGACCAUAAAUCACAGGACAAAGAAGAACGAAAUGUUGAUCAAAAACCUAAAUCAGUAGUAAAGGACCAGGAUCAUUGGAGAAGAUCAGAACAAACAUUACUUCCGCAUUCCAGGAAUGAGAUAACAAAAUUUUCUCACAAUUCAAGUAAAUACCAUCUGGAAGAGAGAAGAGGAAGGGAAGAGUGUAAAAGAGACAGAGGUAUAAGCAAUCAUAGUUUUCAAGAUGGCAGAUGUGCAUCUUUUCUUUCAGGCAGUAGACCUUACAAAUACACUGACUCCAAGGAAGCUGACGGUGCACACCAACGGGAAAAUGUCUCUUUAAUUGUAGAAAGGCACAGGACUGAAGAGAAGAGGAAAAGAGAACAAGAAAGCAAAGAAGAAAACAGGCAUAUGAGACAUGAAAAAAAAACACAUACAGAACAUUUGCAAAAGACUAAUAAUAAAGAAACAAAGAAAACUGCUACUGAUUUAAAAAGACAGAAUGACCCCAAAAGUGAAAUUUGUAAAAAUGAAAUUUCUGAAAGAAUAGAACAGCACAAAAAAUUUGCAGCUAAAGCUGAGAAUGGUGUAAAUGAAACAAAAAACAAAGACUUUAAGUUGAGUUUUAUGGAAAAACUGAACUUAACUCUUUCUCCUGCUAAAAAGCAACCCUUUUCUCAGGAAAAUCGGCACAGAAUAACUGAUACUCCCAAAUCCAGUGGUGGAUGUGAUUUGGAGUCCUCGAUGCAGGCUGAAACAGUGACACAUGUUUCCUCUGCUAGUGAACACAUUUCAGAGGAAACCAAAUCAAGGUUAUUAAAACCAAAGGAUGCUCUUUCAACAGUGUCUGAAUGCAAGAUCAAUAUUCCAGAUAGCAAAAUGGAAAAAAAAAAAAGUUUGUUAGUUAAAUCUGUUGAGAUUCGUAAACCUUUGGACAUGCCCAUUUGUGAUACAGAGACUUUCUUUUCAACACCGAUAGAAACGGACCAAACAGAAUCCUUGCUUCCAUCAUCAACAGAAAUGGAACAAACCAUUAAUUGUGCAAAGACUGUUCCCAUGGUAACAGAUUUAUUGCAAACAGAUGUGUUACAAAAUAUUUCUCAAAACUUUGGCUUGGGAUUGGAUACCAAAAGCAAUGAUGGUUUCAAUUCUUGUAUUUCUAAAGGUGUGGAAAUGAAGGUGGGUUUCUCAACAAAAGUGGCUGAGCCUAGUGAAAGCAUUUUGCAGCCAUCAAUUGAAGAAGCUGGUAACCCCAAAUUUGAAACUUCUCUUGUGGGUACACCUCUUGUUGAGAGUAAGUCUUCUCAAAUGGAGCCUUGUUUACCUAAAGAGACUAUAGAAUCUUCAGUGCAGAAAAGAGAGUUACUGGACCACAGAAUAGAGAUUGGUGAAACAAACUCAGUAUAUCAUGAUGAUGAGAACUCGGUUCUGAGCAUUGAUCUUAAUCACCUGAGGCCUAUUCCAGAAGCCAUCAGUCCUCUGAAUAGUCCAGUGAGACCUAUAGCAAAAGUUCUUAGAAUGGAAAGCCCAAUUCAAGUUCCAUUAUAUAAUAACAACAACCAUAAAGAUGUUUUCCCACCAAAUUCAGCUCAUUCUACUUCCAAGAGUCAGUCUCAUGAUCUCAAUAAAGAAAAUCAAAAGCCAGUUUGCAAAUCUGACAAAUGUACAGAAGCAGGCUUACCUAAGAAUUCAUCUUCAGAUGAAUUAGAAGAAGGAGAAAUUAUAAGUGACAGUGAAACAUCCAAGUCACAAAAAAAUUGUGAAAAAAGCACCAAACCUAGAGCAUCUGCUCAAGUGCAGAACACGAAGACUAACCCAGGAAGAAGGAAAAGGUCUGUUCAUUUGAAUGAAGGUAAUAGGAAAGCAUCUUCUGUCAAAAUCCACCAGACCAAUAGCAAAUGCAGUAAGACACCUAGUGAAUCUCGCAGAUCUUCAAAAACAGGGAAGAAAGAAAAAGCCGUGAGCACGUCCAGCCUGGAAAAAAUCGUUCAAAUUGUUGUUGCACCCUCUUCUGUACGUGAGAUUAUGCACAUGUUACGCAUGAUUAGAAAACAUGUGAGGAAAACUUAUAUGAAAUUCAAGGUAAAAUUUUCAUUAAUGCAAUUUCAUAGAAUUAUUGACUCAGCAAUUUUGAGUUUUACAUCACUAAUUAAACACCUUGACUUAUCCAAAAUCUCUAAGUCAGUGUCUACUUUACAGAAGAAUCUCUGUGAUAGUAUAGAAUCUAAACUUAAACAAGUUAAAAAGAAUGGCAUAGUUGAUCGUUUAUUUGAACAGCAACUGCCAGAUAUGAAAAAAAAACUGUGGAAAUUUGUUGAUGAACAACUUGAUUAUUUAUUUGCAAAACUUAAGAAAAUCUUAGUAAAAUUUUGUGAUUUCAUAAACUUUGGAAGUGACAGUGAUGAAGGAAAACAUGAAAAAAAGAAAAAAGAAAAAGUACAACAUUCAGAUUGUCAGAAGCAGAGCCUGGAGAACUCCAACAAAGAAAUAGUGAAAGCAAAAUCCCCCAAAUCAGAAGACACUGUUCAUUUUAAGCCUUUAGUGGGAUGUAAAAAAUCAGAGGAAAAACCUCAAGACCAACAAAACUCCGAUAUUAACACAGUAAAGCAUGGCAUUAAAAAAAAUUCUAAUACCUGCUCUGAUAAUCUAAAGAACUCUCAAUCCAAAGAACACUCCUUAGAACUAAACUGUGUGAGCACCUCAAAGUCAGAAAGGACCGAAGACGGCACUGUAGAAGAUGCACAGGCAUCCCAGCAUGCAGCUUUGAAGCCAGAACGUAGUUUUGAAAUUCUUACUGAACAGCAGGCAUCUAGCCUUACAUUUAAUUUAGUGAGUGAUGCACAGAUGGGUGAAAUAUUUAAAAGCUUGUUGCAAGGUUCUGAUCUUUUGGACAGUGGUGUUAACGGUAAUGAAAAAAGUGAAUGGGAAUUAAAAACUCCAGAAAAACAGCUCCUAGAGAGUCUUAAAUGUGAAGCUAUACCAGCCUGUACAACUGAGGAACUAGGUUCAGAGGUGGUUUCUCCAAGUCCUAAAUUGAUCAGUGAUGACAAUUGGUCAUUAUUAUCAUCUGAAAAAGGGCCAUCUCUGUCUUCAGGGCUUUCAUUGCCAGUUCAUCCUGAUGUGUUGGAUGAAAGUUGUAUGUUUGAAGUGUCCAGUAACAUAGCUUUAAGUAAAGAUAAUUUAUGUAGUUCAGAAAAGAACAAGCCCUACAUUUCUUCCAUACUUCUUGAAGAUCUAGCCGUCUCUUUAACAGUACCAUCACCUCUGAAAUCAGAUGGUCGUCUCAGUUUCUUAAAGCCUGAGGUUUUGUCUAGUUCCACUCCCGAAGAAGUAAUUAGUGCCCACUUUAGUGAAGAUGCUUUACUUGAGGAAGAGGAUGCAUCUGAGCAAGAUAUUCAUUUAGCUUUGGAGUCUGAUAAUUCAAGUAGUAAAUCAAGUUGUUCUUCAUCAUGGACAAGCCGGUCUGUUGCUCCAGGCUUUCAGUACCACCCUAAUCUACCUAUGCAUGCUGUCAUAAUGGAAAAGUCCAAUGAUCAUUUCAUUGUAAAAAUACGGCGUUCAGCACCAUCCUCCUCGCCUAGUCUUAAACAGAGUGUCCUGGCUGAUGAGUCACUGGCAUCUUUGCCUACAGUAGGAAAAGAAACUGUUGAAGCAACAGAGAAAGAAUGUAUUUCUUGUCAGGACUCAGUUUUUACAUCUGUGGAUGAAUUGGAUAAAUGCAACAACAGUGUUGAUGUUACUAGAUUGGCAGAUGCAGACCAGAACUCUAUGAUACAAGCACAGGUUCCUGAUAUAUAUGAAUUUCUUAAAGAUGCUUCAGGAAAAGUGGGUGAUAGUAAUAAAUUGGCUGAUGAAUGUUUCAAAUUGCAUCAAGAAUGGGAACCAAAGGUCCCUGAAAGCAUUGAAGACUUGACUCAAGUGGAAGAAAUACCACAGUCUGUUGAGGCUCAUCUCCCAAACACGUAUAUAGACCUAACAAAAGAUCCAGUUACUGAGACCAAAAACUUGGGAGAAUUAUUAGAAGUAACAGUUUUAAAUAUUGAUCAGUUGGGAUAUUCUGGAGGCAACUUGGAUCAAAAUGCUCAAAUAUUAAACAGUUCUGUACAACUGGAUACUGUAGGUGCUUUUAUUGAUUUGACACAAGAUGCUUCAGGCGAGAGUAAAAAUGAAGGUAACCAUUCUUCCAAAGCUGAUGGAGGUCUGGGGUGCCAGGUGAUAUGUGUAGAGGAAGACAACCGUAAGAAAGAAAAGGUGCGUUUGACAAAUAGACCCUCUGAGUGCACUGCUGACAAUUCUUGUAUUGAUUUGACCACAGAAUCUCCAAGUCCAUGUGAAGUGUUUAAAAAGGAUGAUUUAGAGUCAGCACCAAAAUCAAAUUCUGAAAGUUCAGAGCUAUCUGGGGCUUUGGAUAAUGCUCACAAAAAGAGAAAAAACCUUUCUGAUCUAAAUCAUUCUCAGAAAAAACAAAGAAAGGAAAUAGACUUAACUAGUAGGAAAAAAGUCAAGAAAGCCACUCAAGAUUCUGGUGAGAAUGAUGAAGCUCACCAAAGGAAAGCCACUAAGAAAAGGAGCCCUGCAGAAAAUAAAGAUCCCUCAUCAUUAAAAGCAAGCCCAGGGAUGCAGGAUUCAUCAGCAGCAGCUGCCACUUCUAUGAGCCUUUCUGCAAAGAAUGUUAUUAAAAAGAAAGGAGAAAUUGUAGUUUCAUGGACAAGAAAUGAUGAUCGGCAAAUUUUAUUGGAGUGUCAAAAAAGAGGGCCAUCACUGAAAACAUUUACUAAUUUAGCUGCCAAGUUGAAUAAAAAUCCAAAUCAGGUCUCAGAAAGAUUCCAGCAGCUAUUGAAGCUUUUUGAAAAGUCAAAAUGCAGGUAG